AUCGGAAAGGCUAAAGAAGCUGUUGAAGCAAAUAAAGAAUUACUUAUUAUGUUUGGUGAAUUGAUUGGUGGUAUAACAGUGUUAAAAAAUAAAAUUGAUGUAUUAAAAGAAAGGCAAGAAAAAGACAUUGAUGCAUUAAAAGUAAGACAAGAAGGUUUAAGAAAUGAAAUCAUCGCUAUGCUGGAAGGAUUGCGGGAUGUAAAUCAUGUCUACAAUGCCAAUUGGGGUGCAAUUUUAAACAAAGAUAAAGUCGUAAUUCCUAAAGCAGUAAAGAGAACAUAG